AUUUUUUUUCAUUUGAGAAGUCCAAAACUCCGAAAGGUACAUAAUAAACUUUUAGCGUAAUUAAAAUGUAAAAAAUAGUGGUUAAUUGGGAUUAUCUUCUCAGUUUUCUGCAAUGGCUUUUCUGGGAUCGGAUCUUACCAGCGAGGUUGGGUUGCGAUUACUCCUCUGGCCACUUGGUUCCAACAUUGUUACGCGAGCGGCAUGCUGUUCUGUAGGCGUAGUUUUACCUGUAUACUCUACAUUUAGGGCAAUUGAAAGGAAAGAUGAAAACGAGCAGCAAAAGUGGCUUAUAUAUUGGGCAGCUUAUGGAUCUUUCACCCUUGUUGAAACAUUCUCUGACAAACUUCUUUCCUGGUUUCCAUAUUAUUAUCACUUCAAGUUUGCAUUUCUUGUCUGGCUUCAACUUCCUUCUACUGAAGGGGCUAAGCAAAUCUACAAGAACCACCUGCGCCCUUGCUUGCUGAAACAUCAAGCUAGAGUUGAUCAACUUAUGUGCAUUGCAAGUACCGAAAUGGCAAGAUUCAUCACCGCACACCAAAAAGAGUUUCGAUUUGUCCGGGCAAUGAUAAUCAAGAUUAUAGGAUCAGACCCAAAAGUAAGUGGCACGGAACUGGCUGAACCAAGAGGUCUGCCCGCAAUUGAUGAUGAAACAAGAACGACUGCAAAUCCAGAAUCUGAUAAUGAAGACUAGUUUCUAUUUUCCCAAAGGAGCGAGCUGUACGUUAGUAACAUGUUUUUCUGAGGUUAUUGUCAUUUAUAUUUAUAAAUUUACGCCUCUAAUGUCGUCAAUGAGGGUAGAACACGAGAAAUGGGCAGCAUUUUUAUAAUAAAAAUUUCAUUUUCUUUUUUUUGGAUAGCAGAAAAUUCUGCUACCAAACAAA